AUGCUCGUUUCGUGGGGCGCUGCAAACAGUGAAAAGAUUCUCAUAGCAAGAGUAUCCGGAGAGGUUCGAAGAAAAGGGACUUGGAUCAUCCAAGUCACAGUUGUAAGUGUUGCGAUCGGUGGAUUUGUUAAAAGGGUUGGUAUCAAUCGGUGUGGGGCUGCCUCACUCCAGCGACGCAAUGAUGGGAUUCACGCGAUCAUGAUUGCAGGUUACCAGCUAGACACAACCAGGACGAUCGAGUUUGACAUGCAUAUUCUCUUUCUUCCCAAUAUCUUGAGCAUCAAAACUCCCCAACAGAUAAUGCCAACAACAUGGCUCUUGGGCAGUGCAGCAGAUAUUUGCUCCACUGCCACUGCAUUAUUGCCGCUCUCCACUGGAUCUGUCCCCCCGUCAACGAUGUCGCUCAAGGAAAAGAUCAACACUCUCAGACAGGAUGUUGAUCGCUUUAUUGCAGCAGGAGGCGACAUCGCCGUCCCGAUUCUCACAGCCAUCAAUGCUGCAUCCGAUGCAUUCCCUCCUCUGAAAGCGCCGCACUCUUCAUCCUCAAUGAGGUCCUAG